GAGGGCGCUUUACACCGUCCAAGCUGUUUCAGUUGUCUGGGAAACCGUUGAUCGCCGAUAGUUUCUGCAACGAUUAUCCAACUCUGCAAAUGAAACCAGAAAUUUACCGGUUAAUAGUAUAACAUUAAUCAUAAAUAGUAGUAAAUUAUAAAUUAGAGAUAGUAUCGGUUAUUUUAAAAAAACCAAAAUGACGGAAUAUAAAUUAGUCGUCGUCGGAGCUGGAGGUGUUGGUAAAAGUGCCUUGACAAUACAGUUGAUUCAGAAUCACUUUGUAGAUGAAUAUGAUCCCACAAUAGAGGAUUCAUAUAGGAAACAAGUUGUCAUUGAUGGAGAAACUUGUUUGCUUGACAUCCUUGAUACAGCUGGUCAAGAAGAGUAUAGUGCCAUGAGAGAUCAAUACAUGAGAACAGGGGAAGGAUUUUUAUUAGUAUUUGCUGUUAAUAAUGCAAAAUCUUUUGAAGAUAUUAGUAUGUACAGAGAACAGAUAAAGAGAGUUAAGGAUGCAGAUGAUGUACCUAUGGUUUUGGUAGGAAACAAAUGUGAUUUACCAAUUAGGGCGGUGGAUAUGAAGCAAGCAGCAGAAGUUGCAAAAAAUUACACAAUACCAUUCAUUGAGACCUCAGCCAAGACAAGAAUGGGUGUUGAUGAUGCCUUUUAUACACUUGUAAGAGAAAUCCGUAAAGAUAGAGAUAAGAAGGGAAAAGAUAAAAAGAAAAAUAAAGAUAAAGGAAGGAGAAGAAGAUGUAUCCUGUUAUAAUCAUAAUUCAAAGUGAAAAUACUGAAAUGAAUACAUUUUUAUUCACAAAAUGAAAUACUAUUGAUAAACUGCUAGAAAUUUUUCUAGCAUAAAUGGUUAUUCUCUCUUCUGGUAUAGUUUGUGAAUGUGCAAGCUCGAAGAGUUUGUCACUUGAAUGAUAGUGAGUUAAAGGACCCAAUGGAAAGGUAACUGUGAUGUCAAUUUUAUAAAACAGGAUACUACUUUUAGCACAACAUGUACAAUAUAUAAAUAGUAGAUUGAUUAACUUGACUACAGCCAGAAAUCAAGAAAAAAUAGCAAAUCUACUUUUUCAUCUUCAAAUGAAUCUGCUAGUUGUUAUCCAUCCAAAAGAAAGUAAAUGUAAAAACUUUUUUUUCAAUAGUAAUAAUACUUAUUCUCUGCUACUUACAAUUGUCUAUAUUAUUACAUAAAAUUAUCGUAUGACUUAACUAAUUAUUCAAUUUGACUUUACAUUGAAUGGAAAUUUUCAUAUUGAAUAUACAUUUUUUAUAUUGAAUGUAAAUUUUUGUUUUGUUUGUUGUGGAUAAUUUCAUUUUUGAAUUGCAUGUUAUCUUAGCAGAAUUAUUAAUAAUUUUGUCAGUAUUAUUUUCUGGUAAAAAGUUAAGACAAUCUUUUCAGAUUUCAACAAUAAUUGGAUUUGGAUUGAAGAUAUUUAAAAUUAUAUAUAUUAUAUAAAUAUGUAUUAUUAACUCUACAUAUCGUACAUUCUAAAUUAUUGCCAAAUCCUCUUAUUGUAAAUUGUCUGGUAGCAAUAAGUUUCGGUUGUUUUGUUUCUUUACAAAUAUUUCAGUGUAUUUUUAAGAUAACAUUUGUUAUUUCUUGCAAAUUUAACUACUUACAUGUUUACGAUAUGUACUGUAUGUAUAUUUGUAUACCUGCAAUGUGCCUUUCAAUGGAGAUAUUUUGUUUAAUAUAGCAUCAUUCUGUGAAUUUGCCAAGAAGUCUCCAUUUGUAUAUGCCCAUUUGGUGCAUUCCAUACCCGUGUUAAAUGAUUUUUAAAUUGAUAUCUGUUUGUUUAUUGUGAUUGAAAUCAUGGAAUAUAGAUUGUUACCGUUAGAGUAAAAGAAAGAUUCAAAUUAUUAAAGUUAUUGCCAUAACAUUUUUUCUGAAAUAAUACAAGUGUUUCAUAUGUUGUAUUGGUCAUAUUAAUCCGACAAUACAUAGGACGUUCAAGUUAAACUGGGAAAUUUUAAAACAAAAAUUGAUAUGGUGUUUUUGAAUCAUUUUCAUUUUCAGAAUGACCUUAACCGAUACCGAUUGAUACUUGUCACACACUAUAUAUAUAGUUCAUGUCACAUACAGUAGUUUAACUACUAUGAUUAUUAUGAAAUACUGUCCAUACAGAAAACUUAUAGAACAAUUUGCCUUCCCAAAUCAUAUGCUGCAUACUUCACCACUAUGGAUAUGUAUGUCUUGUACAGCUUGUUUCAUAAAAGCAAGUUAUAUUUUACUAUAUUGUUUACUGAAUUUGAUGUUGUUGCUAAAAUUCUCUUGUGGGAGUUAUGCACUAAUGUCAGAUGUUCAAUAUGAAACCAUGAAAUUAAAAAAUGCUACAAAAUAUAUUUUUUGAGACUCAAAUACAUUCACUAAAAUUUCACAUGCUAAUAGAUCUUAAUAAAAUUUCUUUGGGUAUGGUUUUUAUUGUAUGUAAUAAUGUUUUUUGAUUCAUGACAAUGACAGUAAUGUUUUCCAGAUCAAAUCACCAGUCGUUUUGAAAUGCUUGUUAAUUAUAUCAUAUUAUUUGCUUAUAUAAUAAUCUUUCAACUCGCUGAUCCAAUAAUUUGCCAUCAUCAAGUUUUGUGCAAUGAUCAUUCCAUGAAACUGAUGAUAACAAUAUAUUCUUGGUACCAAUAAUAAAUAUAAAAUCCCAGUUUCUCUUAAAUGUCUAUUGUAUAUACUGUUUUGUAAUAGAAGCAUUCCAUUUAUUGUUUUGCCAAAACAAGGUAAACUCAUUUAAUAAAAUGUUAGAUAAUAGAUCUUAAAUUUAAAUUUAUCAAGAAUUAAAAUUUUACUUUCAACAUUUCAAAUUGAAGAGAGUUUUGUAGUUAUUGACAGAUUAUAUUAAAUUGGUUUACAAUCGAGUAUAACUAAGAAAGAAAUUGAAAUCUGGUGUUGGUAGAUUUAUACUUACAUUUCAGACUUUAAUUUAUAUUCAUUGUUUUCUGAGGGGACCAAAGGUUAUGGAAUAGCAAUUUAUAUCAACUCUUAAAAUGGUUUUAUAAAAUGUUAGAGGCAGCUGUAAUUUUUUUUCACUGUUUUAAUUUACAUGAAGUUGAAUCAAGGAAAACCUGUAUCAGUGAAGAAUGCUUUUAGAAAUAAAACAGAAAUAAAAGAAAUUCCAAAAGAA